GGGCAGGGGACCAAGUUAUGUCCCUCGAGCUGGGGACGUGCAGUGCAGGCUCAGCAGCACAGCCCAAUCUCUCCCAGGCUUAAGGAAAGGCGGGCCCCAAUGCCCAGGGGUUAUUUCUGCCUUGUCUGCCUCUUCUCCCUCACAACCCAAAUGUCCAAAAUCCCCAAUUGCUCACAGUGAGGUAGAGAAGCAGUGCCUAACUCCCUGCGACAUCCACCUGGGCAGGGGACCGAAGCUGUGUCCCUGAGCUGGGGCUGCAGUGCAGGCUCAGCAGCACAGCCUGAUCUCUCCCAGCUGCUCAGGCUUGCACUUGUCCCGUGAUGGAGCUGAUAAUGGGCAGGGAGGCUGUGGGCCUCUUCCUGCUGCUCCACCAGCACAGCUCUGGCUGUCAGCCGGCAGCGACCCCAGUUGUGACGCAGCGUGAUCCUGCCCAACCUGUUCUCUGGCCACCAGGUGCCAGCUGCCAUGCUGGCAUGAUGUGUGGGUGCUGUGGUGCUGGACGUCGCAGUGCUCAUGAUCCUGCUGCAGUGUGAUCCCCCAGCAGCCAUUUAUAGGGCUGUCACUGCUGAGGGUGCUCAGCAUCACUGGGUGCACAGCUGAAACAUGCUGCCCUGGCGUGCUGAGCUCUGGCUGGCUCCUGGCACCAGCACAGUGGCACUGCUGUGCUCUGGGAUGCCUUCCAUCUUCUGCAGUUUUUCUCGUGAAAAGGCAUCAGGGGAGGCCAGGGGCGGUCGUGUUUGCUAAGCAGAGCCCUCUCCAAUUCCCUAUCACCAGGAAGUUCCUGCCUAAAAAAAAGCACGCUCUGUCUCCAAAUGCUACAGGGGAGGGGAGAAGCAGGCAGUGCCCGCACGUCCCCCUCUCUGCUGUGCCACCUCCACUGAGACCCCGUGGGACCCCUCACAAGGCUCCCCGGCACCUCGCCCUGCCGUCGGGCCCGCGAUUCCGGGCUCAGACGGCGUUCCUGGAAGGAGUCUUUGUAAUCGUGCAGCAUUUCCUCCAAGACACCGUGGGGGAAAGUCCCCGCAGCGCCGUUCCCAGGGCCGGGGCCGCUCCUGGGGCUGCUGCCUCCAUAAAACGCGGGGCGGGCGGCAGCGAGUUGCAUUCGCUGCUGGUGGACGGAGACAUCGCAGAAUGGGCAACUGGCUGGUCAACCACUGGUUCUCGGCCGCCGUCCUUGCGGCCUGGCUGGGCAUCAACAUCUUCCUCUUCACAUACUACUUUCUGUUCUUCGACCAGGACGAGCGGUACUUCUACACCAGGGCCAUCCUCGGGUCUGCCUUGGCGUGGGCCCGGGCAUCGGCCAAGUGCCUCAACUUCAACAGCAUGCUGAUCUUGCUGCCCGUCUGCCGCAAUCUGCUCUCCUUCUUGCGCGGGAGCUGCUCGUGCUGCAGGAGGACGCUGCGCAAGCAGCUUGACCACAACCUUACGUUCCACAAGUUGGUGGCCUAUGCGCUGGCCCUGUUCACAGCCGUGCACACCAUUGCCCAUCUCUUCAACCUGGAGCGCUACAACUACAGCCAGCAGGCCAACGAUGACAGCCUGCAUGCUGUUCUUUCCAAGAUGCACCUACAGAACAGCAACAAGUGGCUGAACCCCAUCCAUUCCAAUCAGACGACCGUUGAGUACGUGGCCUUCACCACCAUCCCAGGGCUGACCGGGGUCAUCAUCACUCUGGCGCUCAUCCUCAUGGUCACAUCCUCCACUGAGUUCAUCCGCAGGAACUACUUUGAGGUCUUUUGGUACACACACCACCUCUUCAUCAUCUACUUCAUCGGCCUCGUCAUCCACGGUGUCGCCGGGUUGGUGCGUGGACAAACGGAGGAGAGCAUGAAGGAGGUGCACCCACAGCGCUGUGCUGAGUUCCUGGUGCACAAACCCAAGGAGUGCAGGCAGGAGUGCUGCAAGGAGCCUGAGUUCGGCAGCAUCCCCGCAGAGUCCUGGAAGUGGGUUCUGGCUCCCAUCAUCCUCUACAUCUUUGAGAGGAUCCUGCGCAUCUGGCGUGCACAGCAGAAGGUGGUCGUCACCAAGGUGGUCAUGCACCCCGCUAAUGUGCUGGAGCUGCAGAUGCAGAAGAAGGGCUUCCGCAUGGAAGUGGGGCAGUACAUCUUUGUCAACUGCCCCGCUGUGUCCCUGCUGGAGUGGCACCCCUUUACCCUCACCUCAGCACCUGAGGAGGACUUCUUCUCCAUCCACAUCCGGGCGGCUGGGGACUGGACCGAGCGCAUCAUUGACACCUUCCAGCAGCAGAAGCUGGAAACUCCCAGGAUCGAAGUGGAUGGCCCCUUUGGCACGGCCAGCGAAGAUGUGUUCCUGUAUGAGGUGGCCAUGCUGGUGGGAGCAGGCAUCGGUGUUACCCCCUUUGCCUCUAUCCUGAAGUCCAUCUGGUACAGGUUCCAGCAGAAUGACCAGACUCUCAAGACCAAGAAGAUCUACUUCUACUGGCUCUGCCGAGACACGGGUGCCUUCGCCUGGUUCAAUGACCUGCUUGCCUCACUGGAGCAAAAGAUGGCUGAGUCUGGCAAGGCAGACUUCCUCACCUACCGGCUCUUCCUCACCGGCUGGGACACCAGCAUUGCCAACAACGCAGCACUCAACUUUGACACAGUCACGGACACAGUGACAGGUCUGAGGCAAAAAACCAUAUUUGGGAGGCCCAGGUGGGACACUGAAUUCUCAGCGCUGGCCACAGCCCACCCCAGGUCGGUGGUUGGUGUGUUCCUGUGUGGUCCGGAGGCAUUGGCAAAGGUCUUGCAGAGAUCUUGUCACCAGCACUCCAGCUUGGACCCCAGAAAAGUCAAAUUCUACUUCAACAAGGAGAACUUCUAAGCGGGAGCCAGGAUGGGACCACGGGCAGCAGAGAGCAACCAGCCUGCUGCUCUCACUUCUCUUUUUGAAGCAACUCUGCAUGGAAUGAGCAUCAGCUGAAAAGCAUGUGCAUGAGAACCAGGCAAGACAGCGAGAUCAUCCUUCAUAAGGAGAAACUCUGGGUUCACAGACUCUGCCUCCUUGACCCUACAAAGGGUCCCUGUGAGGGGAAACGAGCCCCCCAUGAGACAUGCAUCGGGACGGACCAGAGCAGCACGCAGGUGCAGACCAGCAGGAGGCAAGGGGAACCCAGCAGGCUGGGCAAGAUAAUGGGGUCAGACAUGGCACCAGGGCACCAAGGGCCAAACACACCCCUAUAGGUUUAAAUGUCCCUCUCCAUAAAACAGUACGUUAAACUUGUUUUUCCUUGCAAUAAAAGCCAUGGGUGGUGUCUCAA